AUCAAAUAUCAAAGUCAAAUUUAAAUGUCAAUUUCAUUAAAUCCCUAAAAAAAUAUUUAAAUUGUGAGAAUUAUACCAUAAGGAGCGCAAUAAUAACGAAUAUUAUAAUAAUUACAUUAGGCAGAAUACUCAGGAAAUAUCGUAUCUAAUUUUAAAUAUUAGAUAAUGAUUAUUUACACUUAAAACUUUAUUAAAUAUACUACAUGAUAGUUCCAAGAUUUCAUAUACUUUUAAAAACCCCUUCCAAAAGCUAUUUACAUCAUUCCAGGAAGAUGAGUGAAAAAGUCUUUGUGUAUGGGACACUAAAAAAGAAUGAACCGAAUCACUAUUGGUUGACUGAUCGUAAAAAUGGUGUUAGCAAAUUUAUAGGCAAUGGAGAAACAUGUCAAAAAUAUCCUUUAAUUAUUGGAACUAAAUAUAAUAUACCAUUUGUACUAUAUAAACCAGGAGUUGGACAUCAUGUACAAGGGGAGGUGUAUGAGGUUGAUGAAAAAAUGAUGAGCAAUUUGGACAUACUCGAGGAUCACCCAAAUUACUAUAUAAGAGAGAUAGACAAUGUAGAUAUUAAAAAACUUGGUACAAAUAAAAAGGAAAGAAUUAAGUGUUGGGUCUACUUUAUGAAAAAUUUUAAAGACGAACUUCUAUUCAAUCAAAUGUUUGAAAAUUACUCAUCCACAGGAAGUCAUGGGCUGCCUUACUUGGAAAGAAAUAAUGAAUCGACAAUUGAUGAUUUCAACAACGACGUGAAGGCCAAGUAAAGUAGAAUUUCAGUUAUAAAAUCUAAAUUAUAUGUAAAUAUGUCAUGAAAAUAAAAACUUCAAAUGGAAGAAGA